AUGUCGAAAGAUCCGCAGUUACGCAACUUCAUGCUAACGACGAUGAAAAACUAUAAGGAAAAUCGUUACAUCAGACGCCUGGAUGAUAGUGAGUUGGCGCGUAAAGAUAUAACAUGGUUUCUUCCUAUCUUUACCGUCACCAACCCUAACAAGAAGAAGACACGUUUAGUGUGGGACGCCGCAGCGAAGAUCCAAGGAGUGUCUCUAAACGACUGCCUGCUAAAAGGUCCUGACACACUUGCAUCAUUGAUGGGCAUUCUAAUACGCUUCAGAGAACGCCCAAUUGCUAUUUCGGGAGACAUACGCGAAAUGUUCCACCAAGUGAGGGUGCGACCAGAGGAUCAGGCAGCUCAGAGAUUCCUCUGGCGUGAUGGAAACUCGCAACGGCCACCGGAGGUAUACGUCAUGCAAGUUAUGACUUUUGGAGCAUCGUGUUCACCUUCCUUGGCGAGUUACGUUUUGAAACGCAAUGCUCAACGAUAUGAAGCUGAAUAUCCCGAGGCCGUAAAAGCCAUUUGCGGCAACACUUUCGUCGAUGACUGGCUUCAGUCUGUGGACUCAGUAGCUGAGAUGACAAAGCUGGCCCAGGCUGUAAAACUAAUUCAUGCUGGUGGAGGAUUUGACAUGCGACACUGGACAUCCAAUUCUCAAGCAGUGGUCUGUGCUCUUGAGAAUAGAUAUGACAUGUUGGACAAGCCAAUUUGUUACCCAGAUGUUGGUCCGGAAAAGGUUCUGGGCAUGUGGUGGCAACCUGGAGAAGAUUGUCUAACGUUUAUGGUGAAGCCAGAUACGAUCGCAAAGGCUCUGGAUGGUCGGCCAACUAAACGCCGCGUCCUGAGCAUGAUUAUGACCAUAUUCGACCCCCUUGGAAUUGUUGGAUUUUUCAACAUACGCGCAAAAAUCAUUCUGCAAAAUAUAUGGAGGAGUGGAGUCGGAUGGGAUGAGCCGCUCAAAGAAGAAGACGAGGCAGACUGGCGUCGUUGGUUGGAUUUGGUGCCAACGUUAAACAAUCUGCGUAUAGCCCGAUGUUUGAAAGGACGAGAUGAAAUGCUUGAAAACGGAAGCAGUAUUAUGGAUCGGAAGAGCAAGCUAUUCAAAUGCUCUCCGUACUUGGACGAAGUAAGCAUACUGCGCGUCAAGGGAAGAAUCGACCUAAUAGAAGGAGUCGAAGUAAACCUAAAGCGACCCAUAAUCCUACCAAGAAGACAUCGAUUUACAUUUCUGCUGGUUGAGUCGUAUCAUCGCCGGUACCAUCAUCUGUACGACGAGAUCGUGGUCAAUGCACUACGGCAAAAAUUCCUGAUAUUUGGUCUGAGAGCCUUGGUGAGAGAGGUUUCUCAAACUUGUCCAGCAUGCCGAAUGAGGCGCGCGCGUCCUAGGCCUCCAGAAAUGGGAAGUCUACCGCGCGAGCGUUUGGCGCACCACAUGGCGCCGUUCACCUAUACAGGAGUGGAUUACUUUGGGCCCAUCGACAUCAUUGUUGGACGACGGCACGAGAAGCGCUGGGGUGUUCUGUUCACAUGCCUCACAAUUCGUGCCGUACACCUGGAUAUCGCAACGUCACUGUCAACCGACUCUUUUCUUUGUAUUCUAAAGGCAUUUAUAGCGAGACGUGGUUGCCCGCGACGAAUGAUGUCCGAUAAUGGAACUAACUUCCGAGGUGCGAGUAGAGUGUUAAAAGAUGAAGUAGAGCGUAUAUCGACCAAGGAUGUGGAGACCAAAUACCCAGAAAUGGAGUUCAUGUUCAUUCCGCCAGGCUCACCGCACAUGGGCGGUGCAUGGGAAAGAUUGGUACGCUCAACAAAGUCCAUUCUAACGGAAAUCUUGCCGCCUGGUGGAUUGCGAGAAGAAGUGCUUCGUGCUGCGUUGGCUGAUGUGGAGGGUAUUCUCAACUCACGCCCACUCACAUAUGUACCACUGGAAUCGGCAGACUCAGAAGCGCUUACACCGAACCAUUUCCUCUUGGGCCACUCUAGUGGAAUUCGUGAACGAGACAGCGAAAUACAAAAUGGUAACAAGCUUGCCAAAGGAUUCAGAAUUUCGAGCCAGUUAGCCGAUCAGUUCUGGAAAAGAUGGAUUCGAGAAUAUCUGCCAACGCUUACGCGCCGUACCAAAUGGUUCCAUCCGCCGCCAGAUUCGAUCGCCGUGAAUGACAUUGUUGUUAUCGCAGAUGAGAAUGGCAAACGAAACAGCUGGCCCAAAGGAGUUGUGGUAGAUGUUCACCGAUCGAGAGACGGUCAGGUACGGAGUGCCGUAGUGCGCACUCCAGAAGGUAUUGUGACUCGCCCCGCCGUAAAGCUAGCCAAAUUAGAUUUGAAAAUUGGUAAUACACAACGCGAAUGCUAGUGAAUUACGGGGUGGGGAAUGUUGGCGGGCGAACUAAAUUUUCUACUGGGGCUUUGCCAGCGCAUUUCCUACUGGGCAUUUGUAAUCGGUGAUUCUCUUUUGUGCAUUGGAAUUUCACCGUUACGUUCGCUAGAAGUAGCAAUGCAGCUGCAAAUUUCGGCAGCGUGAUUUAAUUUGAAUUUGUAUUUGAGCCCAAGCAGAGGCAAAUAAUUGUUAACAAUUAAAUAGGGAUUUGAAGGUGUGCGCAGAGCACGAAUAUUUCAGCAAAUAUUGAUCCACUACAAGUUGUUGUUUUCGAGUAGUGGAUUGCUCGAAGUACGAGCAACGGCACACC